GCGGACUUGUGUCGGAUGGCCGGUUACGCGGUUGAGGAACAUCGUGUUGUAACCGAAGAUGGAUAUAUAUUAACUGUACAUCACGUACCACCUUACGCUAACCCUACGAGAAGCGGAGGGGAUGCAGAAAGUGAUCAUUCCCCUCCCGCGACCUCGGACAAGGGCGAAAGAAGAUCGAGGAGCGCGGAAACGGCAGAAGAAGGCGGCCAUGCGCAUGUUGGAUCAGGCAAUGUUGUAUUCCUCCAACAUGGCCUCAUGGGAUCAUCGGACAAUUGGAAUACGAAUACGGAAGAAGAUAGUUUAGCUUAUCUCCUGUCCAACGCUGGCUUCGACGUGUGGAUGGGAAACUUCAGAGGGAAUAUAUACUCUCGGGGUCACGUCUCGAUCACCCACGAUAACCCCGAGUUCUGGAGAUUCAGCUACGACGAGAUGGCCCGGCACGACCUGCCUUCCAUGCUGGACUACGUGGCCAACCGCACGCGGGCCGAGAAGGUGCAUUACGUUGGCCACUCGAUGGGAACCACCGUGUUCUUCGCGCUCAUGAGCUCCCGGCCCGAGUACCAGAGCAGAGUGAGGUCCAUGGUGGCCCUCGCGCCCGUGGCCACCGUCCAGAGCAUCACCUCGCCCAUCAAGUACCUGGCGCCCAUCGUCAGCGAAUUGCAUUUUAUGCUCCGACUCUUCGGAAAUGACGAGGAACUCAUGACCAACCGCCUUCUGACCUCGCUGUGGGACCCUUACCGCGUGUGCAGCAACCAGGCCAUCUGUGAGAAUCUGCAGUUCAUGAUCACGGGAUUCGACCCCGAGAGAGCGGACAAGAAAAUGGUUCCUGUUAUCCUUUCGCAUAACCCCGCAGGCGCUUCGACUCAAACGCUGUUCCAUUUUGUACAAGGAUUUAAUUCUGGUCGUUUUCAGAAGUACGACUGGGGCAAGAAGGGCAACAUGCUGAAGUACGGGACGGAGCAACCACCCGAGUACGACGUCUCGAAAAUCGACCUUCCUGUCACGCUCUUCUGGGGAGCCAACGACUGGCUGACCGGCAAGGAGGACAUCAACCGGCUCGAGAAACGACUGCCGCAACUCCAGGCCAGUUAUAAGGUAUCGAAUCCUGUCUUUAGCCACUUGGAUUUCCUCUGGGCAACGGACGCCCGUUCUCUCGUCUAUGAUAAGCUCUUCGAUAUCUUGAAGAACGAAGUGAGAACUUGAUGCUAAUGAUAAUAAAUUAAUAAUAAAAUAAAGUUAAUAUGCUGAUAAUAUUGACAGUGUGUUAAAAUUGAUGUGUGUUGUCCGUGUAAUUUUGUAUUUGGCGUCUGUGAUUUCCGGAAUUUAUUUGGGAUUAUAAUUAAUUUUUAAAAAAUGGUGAUAUUCUUUGAACCACAUUAAGUGUUGUUGCAGUUAUUAUCAUUAUCAAUGAAAUUAUUAAUUUAUA